AUGUCAAAAAGACCAAUUGCAAUAGAUGAUUUACUUAAAGAUGAAAGCAUAACACCAAAAUAUAUACCGAAAGACAAACGUCAGAAACUUAAUGAAGAUGAGAAGUUGAAACAACCAAAAUUUGUUAAUUCAAAUCCUGUGCGAAGGUCUUCAGUACGAGAUAAUUCACCACCCCCAAUGCAAUCAAAUAAUUUGAAAAAAAAUAAACCAAGGUUUCAGUUUAGUUGGAAUACUGAAGAAGAUACUUCAGAUAUUACUCCGCUUCUAAACUCGGAGUCAGAUGAUGAUUCGAUAAUACAGAAUUCUACACACUGGUCUACUAAAUUAGAAUCAGAAAUGACAGAACGAGAUUGGAGAAUAUUCAAAGAGGAUUAUAACAUAAAUAUCAAAACAGUUACUCAAAACUUACCCAAUCCGUUAAGAUCAUGGUCUUGUUUAAAUUCUCAAAUUUUGAAAAUUAUAAAUUCAUUAGGGUAUGAAGAACCAACACCAAUUCAAAGAGCAUCCAUCCCAAUUGCAAUUUCACAUUUUGAUGUAUUAGGAAUAGCAGAAACUGGUUCAGGUAAAACUUUAGCUUAUUUACUACCUUUAUUAAAUUAUAUUUUAAAUUUAGAUGAAAAUUUUAUCAAAUUUGAAAAAUUGAAAAAUGAAGCAUUGGCAUUAGUUCUUGUUCCAUCUAGAGAAUUAGCAAUACAAAUAACUACAGAAGCUGAAAGAUUUGCAAGUAGAUUAGGUUUGAAAGUAUUAUCUAUCAUUGGUGGACACGAAUAUGCAACCACGAUAAAUAAAAUUGAAUUAGAUGGUGUUGACAUUAUUAUAGGUACACCUGGACGUCUUGUUGAUUCUAUAGAGAGAAAGAUUUUAAGUUUUGAUAAAAACUAUUACUUGGUAUUAGAUGAAUGUGAUAGAAUGAUAGAUAUGGGAUUUGAAAAGGAUUUAACUAAAAUUUUACAAACUUUACCAAAAAGUGAAAAAUUAAAUACAACAAUAGAUGGACGUAUAUUUCAAAUUUCUCAACGUCAAACUAUGAUGUUUUCAGCUACAUUAUCUCCACAAAUUGAAAAAAUCUCAAAACAAUAUUUAAUAAAUCCAAUAAAGAUAUCUAUUGGAUCUACAGGAGAAGCUUUGACUAAUAUUAAUCAAAAAUUUGAGUAUGGUUUAACUGGUGAAAGUGCUAAAUUUACAAAAUUAUUAAAAAUCAUCAAUGCAAAUAUUUCAAAUGGUUUAAUUAUAAUAUUUGCUAAUUUCAAACAUGUUGUAGAUUCAUUAAGCACUGAUUUGAAAACUAAAGGUUAUAAAAAUGUAGUUAUACAUGGUUCAAAAAGUCAAAGUCAAAGAGAAUUAGCAAUUAAAGAAUUUAAAAAUGGUGAAAAUGGAGUCAAAAUUUUAAUAGCUACUGAUGUUGCUGCUAGAGGUAUUGAUAUUCCCAAUAUUAAUUUAGUUAUUAAUUAUCAAAUGGUCAAAAAGUUUGAUGAAUAUAUUCAUAGGAUUGGUAGAACUGGUAGAGCUGGUAGAUCAGGUAAAGCCAUUACUUUCAUUACUGAUGAUGAUAAAGAUGUUUUUAUUCCAUUGAAGAAAUAUUUGAGUAAGGGUAAUAUUAGAUUGCCUGAUUGGUUAUAUAAUUAUCAACAAUCAAGUGUAUAA